AUGGCGCAGGCGCCGGGGGCGGACGACGGCGCGUACGUCCGGCGCACCUAUGCGCAUUUUUUGCGCGUAGGAGUCGAGCAGGAUGGCGUGGCAGAGGGGAUAGAACAUACGCGGCACAAGCACGAGCCGCCGGAGUGGGGUGCAAAAGUGCGCAGCCGGAUCCUCGAGGGCGACGCCUUGCAGUCGGAUCUCAAGCUGCACGAGACGCUCGACUGCUUUGGCUUCUACGACGCGUCGCCGAUGCACGCGCGCAAGGAGCCGCUAGUCUUGCCGCUCAAGGCGGGCACGGCGCCGAGCGCGGAUGCGGUGCACGCCGCGCGGCAGCGGCUCGCGGCCCAGCGCCGCCGGCGCGACGCACGACGCGUCCAAAAAUGGCACAAGAUGCUGCGCUUUACCGAGGGAAAGGCGUCGCUCGACGGCGCGUCGCCUCAGACCGUGCGCCGGCGCGUGUACAAAGGCAUCCCCGAUGCAUGGCGCGGCGCGGCAUGGCGCGUGCUCGCGCAGUGCCCAGACGCCCCGUCGCCGGCCGCGCUGCUCGCGACGCCGAGCGCGCAUGAUAUCCAGAUCGACCUCGAUAUUCCCCGCACGAUCCGGGGACACGUCCACUUUCGCACGCGCUAUGGCCGGGGGCAGUGCGACUUGUUUACCGUGCUGCACGCCGCGAGUCUCACCUGUAAUGACUGCGGGUACUGCCAAGGGAUGGGGCCGCUUGCGGCCAUCUUGCUGCUGUACAUGGUGCCCGAGGACGCGUACGCCAUGAUGACCCAGUUGCAUACCACGUACGCCUUCCACGGCCUGUUUCGGCCCGGCUUUCCCGGCCUGCGCGAGGAGCUCUAUGUCCUGCGUACGCUCCUGGCGCAGCACGCCCCCCGUGCCACGGCCGCGCUCGAGGCGUUCGGCGUCGCGCCGAGCGCGUUUGCGACCGGCUGGUACAUGACGCUCUUUUCCGGCGUGCUGCCGUUUUCGACCCAGCUUCGUCUAUGGGACGCAUUCCUACUAGACGGCCACGACGUCGUGACGCUCGCGGCUGUCGCCAUCGUGCAGACGCUCGAGCCCCGGCUGAGCACGCCGCCGACCGACUGGCUCGUCGAGGCGCUCAGCGCGCCGAUUCUCCCUGAUGACGACGACGCGUUUCUGCACUGGAUCGGCGCACGCGUCCACGAGCCACGGACCGCCGCCGCCAUCCGCGACGCGCGCCGUGCAUGGGCCGCGCGCUGUGCCGCCGGCACGGCCGACGCGGAGUUUUUGUAG